AUGGCUGCCGCAACCAUCGACACGGACAGCGCCAGCAACGUGUAUCCGUUCGUGGAGGUGAACCGGCGGCUGUGGCACCUGCCCACUGCCGCGAAUGGAGAAGUUGACUGGGGUGCCGUGCGUGCCUGUCUCGCGGAGUCGCCGGAGGAGGCCACGAGCGUGGUGGGCCGCUACUUCCUCAGCUGGCUGAGCCCUUAUGUGACGCUCGCCUCUCGUGAGCGGCUGGAGGAGGCGUACAUGCCGCCGCCGCAGCGACCGCACCGUGCCGUGUACUGCGGUGCGCUGCUGAGCGGCGCCUUCCGCGACGUGGAGGUGCGCAGCGGUCGCGACGCGUGGCGGACGCGGGUGGAGGCUGCGGUGCGGUGCGAGGACGGCGCGGUGCGCGUGCUGCGCGCCAACGCGCUCGCUGCGGUGCGCUUCCGCGGCGAGGACGGUGUGCGGGGGCGUCUGCGGUGGACGGGGUACGUGCGCUCGAGUGAUGCGCCGCACGUGCUGCUGGGCGGCGUGGAGUGGGACGGCGACGGCGUCGUGCCGCGCUACCGCCAGCGGUACGCCGGGGAGGCCGCUGCGGUGACCCACGACGGCGCGGUGCACGGGGAGCGGCUGUUUUAUCAGGCGUGGCGCGGGCAGCCGCGGUGCACGUGCGAGUACCUGAGCGACCUUGUGCCGCUGUCGGCGGAUGGCGGCGGUGGGGCGGUGCCUGUGCGGUGCCACACGCCGCGUGCGCCGUCGCUGCUGACUGCGCUGUUCCGGACGUUUCGGUCGGACUUGCUGGCGAUGUUGGGGCCGUCUUUUGUGGCGAUGAUGUGCGAGGUGGCCACGCCGUGGCUGCUGCAGCAGUUCGUGUUGUUCCUGCAGUCGAACAAGGCUGAGAAAGGCGUGACGAAGGGCGCUAUCAUGUUUUUUGUCUUCGCCGUGGUGACAUUGGCCAAGCCGCUUUCGUUCAACAAACAAAUGCAUCGCGGGCGUCGCAUCUCGAGCCUGUUCCGUGCCGCCACCCUCGGCGUGGUCUUUGAGAAGUGCUUCACCGUGUCGCCCGAUGCGCUGUCACAUCCCGAGAUGAGCGCCGGCCGGAUCCUGACGAUGGCGAGCUCUGACAUGGAGAACAUCAAGGAGUUCCCGAUGCAGGUGAUGUUUCUGUGGAUGGCGCCGGUGAUGCUGACACUGUACCUGAUCUAUCUGUACACGCUGGUUGGGUGGAGUGUGCUGGCCGGCGUGGUCGUCUUCUUGCUCUCCAUUCCCCUCCAAGGCGUCAUUACACAGGUCCUGGAGCACCGGCAGGACAGCUUGUCGAGCUGCACGGAUCAGCGUCUGCGCCGCACGAACGAGCUGCUGUCCGGCAUCCGCAUUGUGAAGACGAUGGGGUGGGAGUCGAAGUUUCUCGACGCGAUCGAGGACGGCGCGCGCGCCGAUGAACUCAAAUACCGCAGAACGCUUCAAAUUUGUCAAGUCGGUCUUUGGACCAUCGUGUUCGGCACACCGCCUUUCAUGAUUGCCGCUGUGUUGACGGUUUACACGCUGGCCGGCCACGCGUUGGACGCGUCCAUCGUGCUGCCGGUGAUUGCUGUGAUCAGCGCAGUGACGUUCCCCAUCAUGAUGCUGCCGGAGGCGUUCACCUCGCUUGCGAAGUUCAUUGUGUCCACCGGCCGCAUCACGCAGUUUCUGGAGUGUGACGACUCGCACAUCAUCCUGGAGGAUGCUGAGAAGGUGUUUGGUGCGUGCAGUGCUGCUCAGCCUGGAGCUGGCGACCCCGCUGGCGAUCCCGCUGGCGCGUGCUUUGUCGGUGCGACGAUGAUGGCGUCUGUGCCGACGGCGCUGCCGGCGUACGAGCCGCGGCACCACGGACUGCGACGGCUUGUGGAUUGCGUGUGCUGUGCGGUGCUGCGCCGGCACGUGCCGGUGGAGCUGCAGUGGACGCGUACGGCGGAGGCCGCACCGACGCAAGCAGCUGCGGCCGCCACCGCACCUCCCGCGACCACGCCUGCCUCGGCUGCGGAGGGCGUCGGGGACACGCUGUACACGCUGGAGGACAAGGCGCUGCUGCGUGACGUGAGUGUGUGCCUGCCGCGCGGGCAGCUGACGGUGGUGGUUGGCGCGACGGGGAGCGGGAAGUCUGUGCUGCUGGCGACGCUGCUGGGUGCGUUCCGCUUCCGCGGCCGCGUUGGCGUGUGCCCGUCGAUCGCGUACGUGCCGCAGCAGCCGUGGAUCAUGCAGGAGACGAUCCGGGCGAACAUCACCUUCUUCGAGGGCGACCAGCGCGGGGCACGCGGCGCAUCCGCGGUGGGCGGUGGUGUGGCAUUCUCACCGCUGCGUGGCGCGUGUGCGCAGGCGGCACGUGCCGGCAGCACCGACGCGGGCAACGAGCGGCUGAGUGCUGCGGUGCGCUGCUGUCAGCUGGAGGCGGACCUGGCGCUGCUGUCGGGUGGGCUGUCGACGGAGAUCGGCGAGAAGGGCAUCAACCUGAGCGGCGGGCAGAAGGCGCGCGUGAGCCUGGCGCGUGCCGUGUACGCGGACCGCGACGUGUACGUGCUGGACGACCCGCUGUCCGCGCUGGACGCGCACGUUGGGCGGCACGUGAUGGAGGAGGUGGUGCUGCGCGCACUAGCUGGCAAGACGCGCGUGCUGGUGACGCACCAGCUGCACGUGCUGCCGUACGCGGACCAGGUGGUGGUGGUGCGUGACGGCUGCGUGGUGUUUGCGGGGACCCACGACGCGUACACGGAGUCGGAGUGGAAGGCGUACGUGGAGAGCGAGGAGGACGCCGCGACGGCCCAGCGGCGGGGCCCGAUGACGGAGGGUGCGGUGGAGGAGGUGAACGACUUCAGCCCUGCGGAGUCGCCCGUGGUGGACGUGGCGCAGCGCAUGCCAUCCGCCGCACCCGCGCCGUGUGAGAAGAAGACGCACACGGCCGCGUCUCUGAAGGGCAGCGUAGGAGAGGGGAGCGAGAGUGAGCCGGACGACUUCCGCGAGCGUGAGGAGGAGCCGUAUGAAGCGCGUCAGCUGCGCGAACGCCGCGGCAGUCACGUGGCCGAUCUAUCUUCCGACGAUGACGAAGAGAAGAGCUCGAAGGCACCGUCGUCGCAGCGCGCACGCGGCAGGCGGAGUGGAGCGCAGGUUGUCGUGGCUGACGAUGCGGGCGAAGAGAACCUGAUCACGGCAGAGGAGAAGGAGUCCGGCCACAUUCCGUGGAGCAUCUACCGGCGCUACUUCGUUGCUGGCGGCGGUGUGAGUCUUGCUGCUCGGCUUCUCCUGUGCUCUUUGUUUGGCGAAAUUGUUGCGACUGGGUCGAGCGUUUGGCUGACGCUGUGGUCAGUGCAGUACUUUGCUGGAGUGCUCACCACGAAUCAGCAGCUGCUUAUUUACCUGGCCUUCACCGUCGCCGUGCAGAUAAUUAUUCCGACCAACGACCUCUUUUUCUUUCACUUUGCCCGCCGUGCGUCCCGCCGUCUUCAUGCGACGCUGCUGUACACCGUGAGCUCCAGCACACUGACCUUCUUCGACCGCACUCCGCUGGGUCGUGUGAUCAACCGUUUCAGCAAAGACAUUUACACGUUGGACGAUGAGCUGCCGGCUAACGUGGUUCCGUUGGUCGGCAUUAGCGGCUACGUCACUACAUCACUCAUUGUGACCAUGUACACCUCUCCCCCCACGAUUGCUGUGGUGGCCAUCGCCGGCUACGUGUUUUUCCGCCUCUUGCGGUUCUACACGACGGUGGUGCGCGAGGUGCGGCGGCGCGGCAGCGUGGUGCAGUCUCCGCUGUUCUCGCUGCUGGAGGAGGUGGUGCAGGGCCGCACGACGAUUGCUGCGUACGGCAAGUCGCACGCCCUCUUCGCGGAGGCGCUGCGCCGGCUGGAUCUGGUGUACAGCUGCACGUACAUUGAGAAGGCGGUGACGCUGUGGCUCUCGAUUCGCGUCGAGUACAUCGCUGCCGUGAUGAUCAUCGUGGUGGGUGUGAUUGGCGUUGUGGAGAAGAUCGUGGACACGUCGCCUGUGAUGCCUGAAGCGCGUGUGGGACUGAUCUCGCUGAGUCUGACGAUGUGCCUAGACCUGAGCUGGUCGCUAUCGGCACUGAUCGACCUAGCCGCUGUGGUGGAGGCGAGCAUGAACAGCGUGCAGCGCGUGUGCCACUACAUCGACCACGUGCCGCAGGAGCCGCUGCUGCUUGCGCCGAGCGACGGACACGUUGCGGCUGCGCUGGCGAGGCGCGCGGGUGAUGGUGGCGCUGCUGCUGCUGCUGCCGUGCCGCCGGCUGCGCGUGCGCGUGACGUGGUGGUGGUGAACAGCGCCGACGGCCACGGCAACGGCGACUGCAGCGACAGCGCGGAGACGGGGUCGCUUGUGCUGGAGCACGUGGACAUGCGGUACCGGCCGGGGCUGCCGCUUGUGCUGCGCGACGUGAGCUUCGCGGUGCUGCCCGGACAGAAGGUGGGCGUUGUGGGCCGCACGGGCAGCGGGAAGUCGACGCUGCUGCUUGCGCUGCUGCGGCUUGUGGAGGUGUGCGGCGGGUGCAUGCGUGUGUGCGGGCGCGACGCGCAGUCCUACACGCUGCCGGCGCUGCGGCGUCUGUUCUCGAUGAUCCCGCAGGACCCGGUGCUGUUCGACGGGACGGUGCGCAGCAACGUGGACCCGUUCGGCGACGCGACGGACGCGGAGGUGCGGCGUGCGCUGGCGUCGGUUGGGUUCGUGAGCGGUGGGGAGGGCGGUGGUGGCGCGGAGGAGGUGCCUGCGCUGGACACCGUGGUGCAGGAGGGCGGGUCGAACUUCAGCGUUGGGCAGCGCCAGCUGCUGUGCCUUGCCCGUGCGCUGCUGAAGAAGGGCAGCGCGUUCAUCCUGAUGGACGAGGCGACGGCGAACGUGGAUGCGCGGCUGGACCAGACCGUGCAGCGCGUUGUGGCGGAGCAAUUCCGCGACUACACGGUUGUGACGAUCGCGCACCGGCUGCACACGGUUGCGUCGUACGACGUGAUCCUUGUGAUGGCGCACGGCCGCGUGGUGGAGUUCGGCUCGCCGCGCACCCUGCUGGAAGACCGCGGCUCUGCGUUCUACGGGAUGGUGGCGCAGAGCUCCGCUGUGCUGUCGGCUGCUACCGGCGGUGCGGCUGGCGGCGGCGGCGGUAACCAUCGCGAGGGCGACGCGGCCGUUGGUGGGCUGAGCGACGAGGAGCGCCAGCGGCGUGUGGAGGAGGCGGUGGCGUCCUUCCUGAAGGCGUGUAAAUAG